AUGACACGUAUAAAUAGUGAAAAGGGCAGUUUACUGCCUUUGAACGAGCCUGAUAAGACGUCAGGGUCAAUGGGCCAUAAAUCUGAAACACCAGAUAGACUGGGUUCACAGACCAAAAAAUAUGUGAGAUUGGUUUCUGCUGUUUUGAUAUCACUGGUGCUGGUAGCUAAUAUUGAUUAUCGAUUUGGUGGACAAAUCAUAUCUUCUGUAUUACAAAGCAGUGGUUGUAAUCAUGGAUCUAUGCAACAACAUAUGAACCACCAUAGCCAAGAUGGAAUCAGUGGUAAUCCUGGCUAUAACGUGGAAAAAUUCAAGUCCCUGUUUUCUAACCAGAAUGUCUAUAUUACUGGCGGCAGUGCAGACCCACAUCCAGAUCCGAAGCAUCUGGUGACUGCUCACAAGGCAGCAGUGGCUUGUGACGUUCCUCUGUGUUCAACUAUGGGAACAGAUAUUCUUCGUCGUGGUGGGUCUGCAGUUGAUGCUGCUUUAACAGUAGCUCUCUGUAUUGGAUCAGUCAAUAGUUUUUCAUCUGGCUUGGGAGGUGGUGGUUUCAUGACUGUUCACCAUCCUAACGGCACAGCAUUAACAUUCGACUUCCGAGAGACUGCACCUGCUCUGGCCCAUAAGAAUAUGUACAAGGGUCAUCCUGAACGAGCUAGAGUUGGUGGACUUGCUGCUGGUAUUCCUGGCGAAUUGGCUGGUCUUGAUGUUGCUAUCAGUAAAUUUGGUAGCGGAGUACUUUCCUGGGAAGAGCUGAUUGAACCAGUUAUUAAGCUGAACAGAGAAGGAUAUCUUGUAUCUGAGCCACUGGAGCUAGCAUCUAAAAGAGCUCAGAGUACACUAAUAAGAGAUGCAGAUGAUUGGUCGUUCCUUAUUACAAGAGACGAUUUUACGGGUUUCUUGCGAACCAAGAUCCAAGGAGAGUUAGUACAGAGACCAGCCCUGGCUGAUACUUUAGAGAAAAUCGCCAGAAAUGGAUCCUCGGCUAUUUUCUACGAUCCUGAAGGUCCUAUUGUGCCUGCACUGGUGGCCAAAAUCCAAGCCACUGGUGGUGUUGCAACUGCUGAAGAUUUUGCCAACUACCAAGUCAAUAUUAACGAACCUCUAAGAACAGAAUUUUUUGGACGUGAAGUGUUUACUACACCCAACCCAAGUUCUGGACCAGCACUUAUUUUGGGUUUGAAUAUUUUCAACCAGCUCGAAGCAAAUGGACUGCAUACCACUGAUUUGGGAGAUGUAGAGACGCAAAGAUUGAUUGAGGUUAUGAAAUGGAUCUCGUCUGCACGAACUGAAUUGGGUGAUCCUUUUGACAUUGAUAAUCCACGAGCCAACGAAAUAAUGAGCCAUAAAUGGGCUGAUGAAGUGAGAUCUAAGAUCUCUGAUAACCAUACUCUCAGUUGGGAAGAAUAUGAUCCCUCUUAUGAGCCUAAUGAUCCUCAUGGUACGGCACAUAUUUCUAUUAUUGAUGAGACAGGUAUGGCUGUGUCGUUCACAACCACUGUUAACCUUGAAUUUGGUGCACUUGUAGUGGACCCAGUGACGGGAAUUGUCAUUAACAGUGAAAUGGACGAUUUUUCACUCCCAGAAACAGACAAUGGUUACAACCUUCAUCCAUCGAUUUACAACUAUGUUGCACCUUUCAAGCGACCACUAUCAUCGUGCGUACCAACUAUUAUUACCAAGGAUGGAGUCCCCGAGCUCAUUGUCGGAGCUGCUGGCGGUUCCCGAAUUCUGACUGGCGUGCUUCAAGCCAUUGUACGUACCUACGUCUACAAACUGCCAUUACUGGACACUAUAGCAAUUCCCCGCGUACACCACCAAUUGCUACCGGAAUUUGCCUGCAUCGAGGAAGGAGCUCCCCAGUCGGUCAUCCACGGACUAGAAUCCCGUGGCCACCUCGCAAUCUUCCUCCCACCAGCCACAGCCAUGAACGCAAUUUACCGCGACCCUGACUCUGGUACAAUCCAUGCUGUCAGCGACUACUGGCGCAAGCGUGGUAGAGGCGACGGAUACUAG